GGCGAGAACAAGUUUACUAUGCAAAAUGGAAAACAUGCUUUGACUUCAAUCUUGAUAAUAGGCUGGUGGUAGCUUCCUAUUCCUAGUGGGCCGAUUGUUUGGGCUACAUUCUUGUGGGCUGGUUGUAGUGGGCUCCGGGUCUGUAUCACCUUAUGGUUGGGUUAGUAACACGUAUUUAUUAUACUUGGUAGUAUACAUUGAUGAUAUACGUGUGAACGUAAAAGGUUGAAAAUGCUACUUAGCUUUAGUUUAAUACUCUAUAGAGCUAAAGAUGGUUUGAGUUGCCGCUAAUCGACCUUUGGAGGGUUUGAGAGGAUAUCCAAAUAUCUAAAUAUAAUGAAUAUAUUCAUAUUAAUUAUCUAUCGAAAUAUGUUUUUUCCCCUAAAAAAUAUAACUAUUUAGCAUGUUUAAUUUGAAUUGUCAACUAAAUUAAAUUGUUAUUUUAUUCUAUUUAUUGACCCAAUAAUUCACUAGAUUUGUCUAUCGGAGAAAGACUCAGGAUUUCCAAAUCUUGGAAAGGCAACCAACAGCCGUUCCUUUUUCCAUCCGCGGGUCCCUCAAAUGACUUGAUAAUUAAUAGAUAAAAAUAUCGGUUUUUGUUAUUGGAAAAUAAAUGGUAAUUGUUUAAGGUUUGAUUUUUGUUAUAAAUAACUUAUUUAAAUAUGCAUAAUCACAAAUUUAAGACACUAGGAUUAAAAUAUCGAAUAUCAUUAUCAAAAGAAAUGAAAGGAAAGAAAUUAAAAUAUCCAAGAGGUAAAGUAGAAGUCAAAAUACCCAACACUUGUAAGCUCCUGCCUCCAUGUGUUUGUCUCCUCCUCCAUUUUUGGCGGAAUCUUCAAGAUUUCUUGAUAGCGAGACACAGAAGAACCCUUUUUUCUUCACAAUCUUAUCUCUUUGUGUGAUCAAGAAAUAAUAUCUGCUUCAUCUAAGGAAACUAGAAAGAGAGAGAGUAAAUGGGCAUUCUAAAUGAUGAUGCAGUGUUGAUUAAAGAAGCAGAAAAAGCAGGAGACAAGACUCUAAUCACUGUAAAUUGUCCAGACAAAACAGGUCUUGGCUGUGAUUUGUGUCGAAUUAUUCUCCUCUUUGGCCUCAGUAUUGCUAAAGGAGAUGCAUCAACAGAUGGGAAAUGGUGUUAUUUGGUUUUCUGGGUGGUGGGUAAGCCGACAACCAGGUGGUAUUUAUUAAGAGAGAGACUACGUGAAGUAUGUCCACCGUGCACCCUGCCAAUGGCGGAGAUCUACUACUUCCGGCCGGAGUUUCAGCAGCCGAAGCCACCAAAAGUUUUCCUUUUAAAGUUCUGGUGUACCUUUGAUCGGAAAGGCCUCUUACAUGAUGUAACAAAGGUCCUUUGCAAGCUAGAGCUUUCAGUUAAGAGAGUAAAAGUAUUUACAGCGCCAGAUGGGACAGUGAUGGACCUUCUGUUUGUCACAGAUACAAGAGAACUUCUUCAUACAAAAAAAGCGACAAGAGGAAACAAAGAGUCAAUUGAACGCGAUGUUAGGAGAUAACAUAAUUAGUUUUGAGAUCGAAUUGGCUGGUCAUGAAGUCACAGCUAACCCUCAAGGAUCAGCAUUUCUUCCACCUGCAAUCACAGAUGACAUGGACAAUGCACUCAUCUCUAAACGUGUAUCCGUAAAAUUCGACAACGAGCUUAGUCCUUCGCACACUCUCAUGCAAAUACUUUGCCAAGAUCAUAAAGGCUUGAUCUAUGACAUCAUGCGGACCUUAAAAGACUACAACAUUCAGGUUUCAUAUGGGCGAUUUACGGCGAAAGCGAAAGAUUAUGAAGUGGACUUGUUUAUAAUGCAAGUAGAUGGAAAGAAGAUAAUGGACCCCGAGAAGCAAAAGGUGAUUUGCUCGCGUCUUAGAAUGGAACUUGUUCGACCUCUUCGAGUGGAAGUGAUGAGUCGUGGUCCGGAUACCGAGUUGUUGGUGGCUAACCCGGUCGAGUUUGCUGGAAAAGGGCGGCCACUUGUGUUUUAUGACAUCACACUUGCAAUAACAAGUCUCAGUAUACGAAUCUUCUCGGUUGAGAUUGCAAGGCACAGAAUUCAUGAUCGAGAAUGGGAAGUCUAUAGGGUACUUCUAGAUGAAGGUGACGUGGCUUUGGUGCCAAGGAGCACGAUCAAAGAGUGUGUUGUCAAAAACUUGAUGGGAUGGGAAUGAUAGUGGAAAUAGAAUCGUUGUACAUUAGAAAUUUGUCAUGAAUCCAAGGGUAUUAGUAUAAUAGAUAAGUUGUAUAGUACAAGUUAGCAAUGCAAUCAAGUGUAGAAUAUAGUAUGUAAGGGGG